UGACUAGCGUGUGACGUAAUCGGCGCGGAGAUCGUCGAGAAAGUGCUUACAGAACUAGUAGCAGGACGCACGUGUGAGCUGGUGAAAAAGAAUUCCUCCAGUGACGAAGAAAAUCACAGAAAAAUUUUUCGUUUUGAUUUUCCAAUCGAGUAAAAAAUGAGCGGUAUGGUGAGAAAUGCUUUGCGCAGUAGUGUAAUCAAAAAUGUAGUCCUUUCACCGAUUGUCGGAAUGCAAUCAAUCCAAAGAGUACAGAUCCAAAUUGGCCGUUCGAUUUGGAACAUGUGCAACCCUACCGGCAAAGACAUCACCGCUACCGCACCCUUAACCACACUUAAAAUUCAUAAUCCAUUGAAUUUGUGCAAUUGCGGAAAUAGCAAAAGAACUCACACUAAAGCUGAAAAAGAAUUGGUUGAGUUUCUUGCUGAAGAAAUAAUUGCCGAAAAAAAAGCACAGAAACUAAAAACUAUCCCUACCAACGUGGGCGGCUUUUCUGUAUCUUUGGAUGGCGCUAAUGUUACUCUCGUAAAGACACAAGAUGGAGAAACAAUCACAAUUGCUUUCAAUGUUAAUCACACGGUUGAUACUGAUACCGAACCAGAAAUUGACCCCCAAGAUGACAAGCCAGAUCUCGGAGAUAUGAAAAGCAAGCCAAACUUUUCCAUUGACAUUAAGAGAGGAAAUCAGACAUUAGGAUUCACAUGCUCUUUCAAUAAUGAGCCAGGAUCUUCAGGUGCAGAUGAAGGAUAUAAUGAUAUUUUUGGCAUUGAUGAAAUCACCUUGUACGAAGGAGAACACAAUGACAAAGUCUAUGCCGUUGCUGGAGAAGUUAUUGAUGGUUACCUCUAUGAUUUGCUAAUGAACUAUCUUGAAGAGAAGGGUAUUUCGAACGAAUUUGCUGAAAAAUUGAUUGAGCUGAGCACGAGUUAUGAACACACUGCGUAUAUCAGUUUAUUGGAAGCUUUGUCGAAGUUCACAGCAGGAAAAUAAUUUUUUCUGUGCACACAAUUUAAAACAUCGUUCCUGAAAGAACAUUAUUCAAACGUUUAGACGUAUUACAUACCUUCAAGAAUAUGUUUGUGAAGCUAAGCUCACAAAAAUGAUUCCUAGCGUGGUAAAGCCAAUUGAGUUUCCAGACAUAACAUAAGAUUCCAGACAAGAUAUAUUUCUGUGAACUUUUCAUUUUUUCUAUAUUUUACGUUGUAUUACAAUAGUUCUCUGUAAUUUCCAAAUAUAAAGUAUGAAAAAUA